AUGUCUGCAUUCAUUCUCACUGCCACUCUUUUAUCAGCUGUUCUGGCUUGUCCCCAGCAUGAUCUUUCCAGUCAAUCUCUUAUGAAGAGAGCAGGCGGGACCGCUGAUUGGGCAUAUGAUGCUGCCUAUAAUUGGGGAAUGAUCAACGAGAGUAAGUUUACCUUCCCAACUUCAAUCAAAAUGCAUACUAUGCCAUUCUCCCAUCCCAUCUCUGACAUUUCCUUCCCAGACUACACCACAUGCCAGACUGGCACUCAACAGUCCCCUAUUCAUCUCACUACCUCCAGCGGCUUUUCCAAAACCCACAGACCAACCUUCAACUACCCCACCUCCACAGACGGCUCUCUGUACAAUUGGGGCUAUGGCGCUGCCUUCUCACUCACCUCCAACACCACCGACCUCAGCGGCAACCCCACUCUAUCCUUUGAUAAUGAAACCCUCUACCUCAAAGGCUGGCACAUCCACGCGCCCGCCGAUCACACGAUUGACUCCGUCCGUUCCAAAGCCGAGCUACAUCUUGUGCACGCUACAUCCUCAGGCGAAGAACGCGCCGUCGUCGCUCUCCGCAUCGAUCCCAUCGCCUACGGUACCACUGCCAACUCCACCUUCUUCGAGUCUUUCCCCCUCACCUCCAUCCCCGCCUUCAGUGACGCGACCGCCAAAAUCCCUAUAACUUUAGAUCUCAAACAAGCACUCGCGGAAAUUGAUAAUGCCGAUACCUUUUGGACUUAUGAGGGAAGUCUUACUUCGCCGCCUUGUACAGAGGGUAUCAGGUGGUUUGUUGCGGGCACGAAGAUGAGUGUGGGCACUGAGCAGAUGCAGGAGUUGUUGGCUGUGAGCACAUUUAGUGCGCGAGAGGAACAGGGAAUUUGGGGACAAAAGGUUAAUGUUUAA